CCGCCAACAUUGAACCCUCUCACACACGCCAAACCUUCGCUCACCCCCUCAGCUUCGCGUUUCUUCACCAGUCGCUCGUUUGUGGCAGGAAAAGUGGCCCUCGACCAGCUUGCGUAAUCCAGCGACGCCGUUUGUUGACACGCCAACACGUUCUCGUCGCACUACCGGCUCCACAACACAUCUCCGCACCGCAUCCUUCAGCCGUCUUGCGGUCCCUCGACUCGACUUCACUCGUUGAAUUGGGCAUCUGGACAGGACAAUGAGGCCCUCACAGCUGCUCGCCGGCCUUCUGGCCAUGACUUCGGUCACAGCUGCCAUGCCGGACGCCUUCGCCGACAUCCACGGCCUGGGGGACGUCAAGAACAUUUUCGCACGACAGGACGACAACUCUGCCUCGGCUUCAGAACAGCAAUCGAGCAACCAGCCCACACGGACGACCACAGCGGAGUCAGGGAAGGCCAGCGCCACCAAGACCGACACCAAGACCGACACCAAAAGCGACAACAACGAUGAGUCCUCGACAACGGAGAAGGCAAGCGCAAGCGGCUCACACAAGGCCUCAGGCAGCAAGGCCACUAGCAAGUCCAAGGCUACCAGCUACGACGCCCGCCUGCCUGCGGGAGGUAUCUCCAUGGUGACGCCUGGCGCCCUCGCUGGCUCCCAGUUCUACAAGGUUGGCGACUACGUUACCUUCGCUUGGAACUACACCUCGCUGUCCCAAACCCCUUCGGCUAUCGAUAUUCUUGCCACCUGCACCGCCAACCAGGCCACAUACACCAUCGCCGUCAACCAGUCGGCAGACCAGACACAGGUCGUUUGGGACACCAAGAACACCCCGUCCGGACAGGUGCCCUUCCUGACCGAGAAGUACACUCUUCUCAUCUACGAUGCCGAGUCCAGCGUCAGCGCCGCUCCCCGCGCCGGCUACCUGGGUGUCUUCAAUUCCUUCCAGUUCGGCAUGUACACAAAGCAGGCAUACGUCCCAUUCUCUGAGUUCGAAUGCGCAAACUGCAACGGCGCGCUCUCGCACUUCGAGAAGAUGACGAUCAAAGCCCUGCUGCUCACCACAGGCACGACAAUCGGUUCGCUCGUCUACUUCACAUACACCUUCGGCCUCUGGUAGUGCACCAUCACUACCAUGACCUAAACGCAUCUGGACACCUGACGUCUCGCAUACGAUAACGGCAUUCCUUACGCUUCACACCUGUCUAUGUUUCACUCCUUUCUCAUCAUAAAAAGGUCCGGGCUGGCGCUGUGGGUUCAACAGCGUUUCAGCGGGGGAGCAAUCCACAAUCAUUUCAACCAUUUGGGGUCAUCUAUCGUCUGGAGUUCACGGAGCACACAAUUGUCUACGGUUCGGAGGCUGCAUAUUCUAGGCUAGGGAUCAAUACGCAUCUUAAUACUGUAGAGAAGCUUGCCAGAGGCACAGGGUGUAAUAUUCUUGAUGUUGGACUAGGACGUACGAGGCCGUGCUACGAUGAAUCUGAGCAGUUGACAAUGCACAUCGUCUUACGGACUGUCUGAUUGUGA